AUUGUUCAGUUCAAUCCCACGUGUGAGAACAGGUUGGAGUCAUAUUGAUAAGGUGAGAACAGCUUAGGGAAUUGACCAGAUCAUGACUAUGUAUGGCACCAGUCAGUCAGUCAGUCUGUUUCUAUCCCUCCAGUCAGUCAGUCAGUCAGUCAGUCAGUUUCUAUCCCUCCAGUCAGUCAGUCAGUCAGUCUGUUUCUAUCCCACCAGUCAGUCAGUCAGUCAGUCUGUUUCUAUCCCACCAGUCAGUCAGUCAGUCAGUCAGCCUGUUUCUAUCCCUCCAGUCAGUCAGUCAGUCAGCCUGUUUCUAUCCCACCAGUCAGUCAGUCAGUCAGUCUGUUUCUAUCCCACCAGUCUGUCAGUCAGUCAGUCAGUUUCUAUCCCACCAGUCAGUCAGCCUGUUUCUAUCCCUCCAGUCAGUCAGUCAGUCAGUCAGUCAGUCAGUCAGUCAGUCAGUCUGUUUCUAUCCCACCAGUCAGUCAGUCAGUCAGUCUGUUUCUAUCCCACCAGUCAGUCAGUCAGUCAGCCUGUUUCUAUCCCACCAGUCAGUCAGUCAGUCAGUCAGUCUGUUGCUAUCCCACCAGUCAGUCAGUCAGUCUGUUUCUAUCCCACCAGUCAGUCAGUCAGUCUGUUUCUAUCCCACCAGUCAGUCAGUCAGCCUGUUUCUAUCCCACCCAUCAGUCAGUCAGUCAGCCUGUUUCUAUCCCACCAGUCAGUCAGUCAGUCAGCCUGUUUCUAUCCCACCAGUCAGUCAGUCAGUUUCUAUCCCACCAGUCAGUCAGUCAGUCAGCCUGUUUCUAUCCCACCAGUCAGUCAGUCAGUCAGCCUGUUUCUAUCCCACCAGUCAGUCAGUCAGUCAGCCUGUUUCUAUCCCACCAGUCAGUCAGUCAGUCAGCCUGUUUCUAUCCCACCAGUCAGUCAGUCAGUCUGUCUGUUUCUAUCCCACCAGUCAGUCAGUCAGUCAGCCUGUUUCUAUCCCACCAGUCAGUCAGUCAGUCAGUCAGUUUCUAUCCCACCCGUCCGUCUGUUUGUCUGUCUCCCAUGA